UCCGGUCGUCGUCGUCGUCGCCGCUGCUGCCGCUGCUCCUGCUGCUGAGGCUGCUGGCGGAGGCCGGAGGAUAGGGCGGCGGCGGCGGCGGCGGCUGAGAGGGCGGCGGCGGGAGCGGAGCGGGACGAGGGAGCCAGAGGAAGCGAGCGAGGAGCGAGCGGAGCGCGCCUAGCCCUGCCCGCCCUUCAGCCCGCCUGAGCAGCUGGAGCAGCCCGGGCCCUCAGCCGCCGCCGCCGCCCGCCUGCCCGCCCGCCGGACAAAGCCCGAGAGCCCGCGCCCAGAGCCAUGUCCUCGCCCGCCGGCAGCGGCCACCAGCCCAGCCAGAGCCGCGCCAUCCCCACCCGCACCGUGCCGAUCAGCGACGCCGCGCAGCUACCUCAUGACUGUUGCACCACGCCCGGGGGGACGCUCUUCUCCACCACACCGGGAGGAACUCGAAUCAUUUAUGAUCGAAAGUUUUUGUUGGAUCGUCGCAACUCUCCUAUGGCUCAGACCCCGCCCUGCCAUCUGCCCAAUAUCCCAGGAGUCACCAGCCCCGGCACCUUAAUUGAAGACUCCAAAGUAGAAGUCAACAAUUUGAACAACUUGAACAAUCAUGACAGGAAGCAUGCAGUUGGGGAUGAUGCUCAGUUUGAGAUGGACAUCUGAUUGUCCUUCGAGGAUCAGAAGAAAAGCAGCAACACUGAUACACGUGUGUACCUGAUUUGGCUGAUAGGAUCAUCGACGCAAAGACAGAAGAGGCAGUACCAGCAAUCCCCGUUGCUGUCUCCUCCCCCUCCUCCUUCCCCUUGUGCCAAAGGAUGCAAAGAUGAGCUGCAUCUGACCAUUUCUUCUCCCUGUUUCCUGUUCCCCUUCCCAGUUAGACAGUUAGAUUGAAGACUCUUGACAUAUUUCUGUAGAACUAAGCAGCCCACAGAGGAAAACAGUUAAACUCUGGUUCCCCUCCCCCACCCCCCAUUUUUUUUAAUCCCAAAUCCAGUAUCAACCUACUAAUAACUGACUGGCUGGGGAGUCUGGGGAAGUGAUACAGAGGUUUGAUGGGUUCAGCAUAAUUCCUGUUCUUACUCUCUCUCCUCACUGUCCUGCCCAGGUUUCAGUCUUACAAGAGCCUAGGUUUGGGUGUCUUGAAAACCACUGGAGGGAAAUGGUAAACAGGAAGAGAGCUGCUUUCCCUUUUACUUUGCGGUGUUUGUCCUUGGGGAGAGUACACAGUUUGUACAACUCUAGUAGCAUUACCCUGGGGCACGGUUUUGAGGUCCACUUCCCCUCCUUCUGGGAGGAAUGUAUUCUGUCUUUAGUAUCAUAGUUCAUCUUCCCGGUCCGUCUCUUCGCACAGCUGUGCAGACAUUUUCUAAUUCUGCAUCAGAAGGGAGUCCUGUGCCACCAGUUGUUCUUUGCUCCCCUUCUCCCAUCCCUCCCUGCUUGCAUCUUGUUGCCUGUGGUCCUUUUGUACCCUGAGCUAUCCAGGUGGUUUCUCCUGCUCCUGAGCAGGUCCCUUCCACGGGACAGAAGCACUUUGGAUAAGGCCUAACAGUAUACUCUGCAGGAUGAUACCCAAGAAUGACCUCGGAAGACACUGAACCACUUGCGUACCUUACCCAGGCUCAGUAGUCAUUGUCUCUUAGUCCAAUGAGCAUCGUGCUAUUUAUUGUCUCUGAUUUCUGAGUUUAAAGUUGAGUUUAAAGUUAAACACUUUAAGAAUGUUCUUAGCAAAGAACUACACUUUUUUCCUUUGUGGACCUGCUUUGUUUGGCUGCUGAGAUAGAUAAGCAUGGGCUUAAAAAUGUGUUUCCGUUUUCUUGCCCUUCCCAUGGUACUCUGAAUUCCCCUGUCUUUCCCUACCUCCUUCCCUUUUCUCUGCCAGGCCAUUUUUCAAAUGUACAUCCAAGAUACCUCACCUGUUGGUAUCUGAUAAGAUCUGUCUCUCCUCUUAUCUGAGGAGUGACCUUUUAUUUUUAAGAUGAGUACAGACCUAUUUUUAGAUAUGUUUUCAGUACAGUUUUGAACAGCAACUUUUUAACUAUACAUCUUCCGGUGUUAGGAAGGUGAGAACUGUUCCUUGGUGAGUCUGCUGUUCCAUGUCACCAGCCCUUGUCUCCCCCAGUCCCUUAUGAGCUUGUUCCUCUCGCUCUAGUGUUGGCUGUGCAUGUUUGGAGUUCGUAGUGGGUGGACUGUUGAGACUGGACCAUUCUGCCUUCCCUGGGUUGUUCAUGGUAGCCUCAUUCUCUCCCUUUAUCCUCUGCUGCUUCGUUCCCCACCCCGUGGUCCUGACUGUUGACUGGCGUGGGAAUCCUGGGAGAGUGACUCCCCUCAUGGAAAGACAAGUAAAAUAGCCACUGGUGUCUGGGAAUUUGUGGUUGGAUUUGGUGCUCCGAACCAUCUUUUUAAGAGAUGAGAUACCAGGGUGAGAGUACCAGGCCAACUGGCUAAGAUGGAAAGCUGUUUUUCUUUUGAACUCUGAAAAGACCCUGUUUGCAAAUACAUUUUAGAAGAGAGGGAAGGAUGUCUGAGGAACUUUGUUCUGUUUUCUGCUACAAAAUGUGAAUUGUUUAAAGAGUGAAACCUUUUGUGAUGGUUGAUGUCUCAGGAAUAAGCUGGAUCUCCACGGUUUUGGAGAUGCUUUCAGUCUCAAGAAUUGAUGAUCAGAAAAAUAUUUCUUGCUUUUUUAAUGUAUCUCUGUUCUGAUUUUUAUUAAACUCCAGAUUUCACUAUACUUACUCUUGGAAAAACUUAAGGUGUGUUGGUAAUUUGCAUGACAAGCUUGCACAGGACUUCAUUGUCCCCUGGGAGCUUGAUUCUUUGGGAAUGAAGCUUUUCCUUCUCCGCAUCCCCUGGAACGUGACUCCACUACAGCGAGUAGUCAGUCUGUCAGUGAGCAGAGUGCAUGCCCUGUUGGGUCUUUACUGCUGCGAGUGAAAACUCGGCUCCCUCACUGAAUAGUGGGAAAUUAAAACUCCAGCUUGAGUAGUCUCACGACGCUAUGAUCCCCUUAGUUGCCAUCUUGAGGAGUCUGCACUUGGCCUCCUAAUCAGAGGCUGUAUUUCUAGUAUGUCUUGGAAGCAUCAGCUGUAUAAUACAGCAGCUGCCCAUCUUGUAGGCAUCUCUGUUAGGAUCUCCAUAGCGCUUGGUGCAGUUCUUUCCUGGAGGCCCCUAGAUUUACCUUGGCCUCCAUAAAUCGGCCUUUUAAAGAUAAUCUCACAAGGCGGUAGAUAAACUUUCAACAGAGGCAUGUGCCAUGCCUCAUAAAAUCAUUUUUCAGGGCAAGCCAGAAUCUAGUAGGUGGUUUACUCCUGGGUGUGUUUGUGUGCUCAGUAGCUCAGUUAUGUCUGACUCUUUGUGACCCCACCAGACUCCGCUAUCCAUGGAAUUUCCCAGGCAAGAGUACUGGAGAGGGUUGCCAUUUCCCACUGCAGGGGAUCUUCCCGACCCAGGGAUUGAACCCCCGUCACUUGCGUCUUCUGCAUUAGCAGGUGGAUUCUUUACCACUGAGCCACCUGGGAAGCCUCCUGAGUGUUUGGAAGGAAUCAUCUACAGUUAAAGCCCUAAUCUAUCUGGGCCUUUUCCUGGAGAGGGAACAACACCCUUAGGGUAUCAUGUGAGUGAGACGGUUCUUAAAAUCUUACUAAUUAUUUGUACUUUUCUCCUUAGGGGAAAACCAUGUUUCUAUACUUCUGGGGACAAUCCAUCUUAAUGAGAAAUGACCUCCUCCCUCCAAAUUCCAGCAGAAGAUGUGCAUUCUCAUGGUUCUACCUCCUUCAUAGUGUGGUGACUUGAGUUCACCACUCUCUCGAACCCUGUGUAAAUAGCUACUGUGUUCUCUAAAGCAUAGUGUAGAGAAGCCAGCUUCUAGCUAUUAGGCUUCCAAGCCAAGGGUUUUAUCCUUCAUCUUUGUUAGCUAUUGCUAUUUAACAGGUUAUCCCCAAACUUAAAAUCUUUUUAGAGCAAUUAUCUGUCAGUUUCUGUGGUUAGGACCUGGGAAUCAGCUUAGCAUGGUGGUAUUGGCACCAUAGGAAGUUGCAGUCAGGACUUCAGCAGGGUCUGCAGUCACUUGGGCCUUGAGAAUCCACUGCUGGGCUCUCUCUCUGAGCAAGAUGCCUCAGUCUCUCCCUGUGUGGGUCUCUCUAGGGCAGCAUGAGUGUCCUCACAGCAUGGCAGUUGGCGUUGCCUGAGCACACGAUCCCAGAGAGGGCAAGGAGGAAUCUGCAGUGCCUUUUACGUCAGUCUUUGAAAGCAAAUCAUCAUACCUUCCUAUCCCAUUCCUUAGAAGUAUGCCACUAAGCCCAGCUACACUCAAGGGAACUGGGGUUAUACCCCACCUAGUGAAUGGAGCAGUGUCAAAAAAUUUGUGGAUAUACCUUAACACGACCCCUCCCCCAAUAGGGUGAAACUAGAUCAGCAAGAAGGGCUAGGUUUAAACUAGAUGCUAUACUGAGAGAGGUGUUGUUGCGGAGAAUAGUUCUCUAAGAUGGACAUCAACAAACAUGAAAAAUGCACUGUCCAUAACCGUCUGCCAGUUUAGAGAGAGUUGGCAAGAAAUGGCAAUUUCCAGGGUAAUUGAACAUUUUCCUGUUGUAUACUACCAGUGGCCCAAGGAUGCUUAAGUCCUUGACUUGAUACCUCUAGAAGACAAUACUGCUUGCUCGCUUUCUCCUUUAGCCAGGAAUUGACAAAGGGCAUUGGAUCCUUCUCGUUGAGCCAUUCAAAUGGAUCAGUCGGGGUUGUCAAAGGGAGCAAACAUGAAUUAGAUGGUGGGUUACUGGGCUGAAGAAUAGCUAACCAUUCAGAUUCAGAGUAACAAAGCCGAUAGUAUCCAGAAGCCAGGUCCCCACCAGUUGAUGCUUGGCACCUGCUCUCUCAAACCACGCCAUCUAAAGCAGACUGGGGUCAGGUCUCCCACCCAGAAAUCCACCUCAGUAAAUGGGGGGGACAUCUGGGAAUAAGAGAUAUCUGUCUGUGCUUGAUCUUUACAUCCAGUGAAAGUUAACUGCACACCUGCCUCACCCUGGGCUUCUUAAUAGAAGCAGGUUCUUAAAAAGAACCAAUCCUGUCUUCACCCUUGAGAGAAGCUUCGAUGAAGCUUUGUCGGUUUGGCACAUUUUUAGUGAAUGUCUGUUCUGUGUCCCUGGCACCAAUGCCAAGAUUUUGGGGAUUUCAGACAUCUUAAGGAUGCAAAUUCUUGAGAUUUACACUCUGACACUUCAAGCAUUUUCUUAUCUAUAGCCCUGCUUGCUUUAGAGUAUACUUGAAUAAAAAACAAUGCUGCUAAGGCAGCUAUUUAAAAAAAAGAAGAAAAGGUACUUCUAGAAGUAAGGAACUUGUCUUUAAAGCACCUUCAAACGAAAUUUUUUACUUCUGAUUUUAAGGUGGAGUCAAAAUAGAUGGUCUUUAUUUUUGCUGUCUGGGUUACCAGCUCUUUGCAUCUCUCAGACCUCAACUUCCCAGAUCAGACAUUUCCUGCUAGAUGUAUGGGCUUUACCCCAGAGGCUGUCGCUCAGCCAGUGCCUGCUUUGCAUCAAGGCACCUGGUGUAAGGUGCUCAUUGUAUUGUCGGCAAUAUUCCAGAAACAGUCCUUUUCUGUUCUCAUCUUGGAGACUUGAGGUAUCAGUAUCCCAGUGCUUGUCUCUCUGGGUCAGAACUUAACCCGUCUUAGCAUGUCUCUGGACUAUAUGCACAUGGGCAGCUAUUUAUUAAUCUGCGAAACCCAAUCUCUUACCUAUGCAUGGCAUCUAGGAGGGGUUAGUGUCUGUUUUAAAGAAGCAGUGUUUACUUGGGAGGGCAGUGUCUGUCUGGACUUCACAGGGGGCAUAGUGACCAUACAGUGGUACCCCUACCACCACCAGCUUCUUUACCUCCCAGCUUUAAAUAAGAGAUGACAUUAAAUCUUGAGGCAGCUGGGUCACAGUUAUUUAGAAUGCCUACACCCCAGGCACAUUUCUUGUUCUAGUCGUGUUUUCCCAGUUGAGAGUUGGGGUUUCCCUGAGCCUAGCUCGUGACAUUUCUGACUGGAGUCUAAGGAAUGAUAGCAGUUCAUGUCACCUUGCCCACCCUGCGGAAUUGACAUUUCUUUCUCUGGAUGGGCCUGGAAGUUGAUACCUUUUGGCAAAGCUUAGAUUUAGGAGAAGUCUUUCAAGUCCCUUUUCAGAUGAUCUGUGGUGUCUCUUUGCUUCUUCAGCCUGCAGCCCUGGCAGACCAUACUGCCUGGAUCCUGAAUGGAAAAUAGUACUGAGAUGAAACACAUUCUUGGGGUAUUUAAACUUUCACUCUGCCACCUUCCAAUGAGUGGGAGGCUGGCAGAGAGAUGCUGCAAUGCUUGAAAUUUGACCACAUUGAAAUUUCCAAAGGGAGCUCUUGCCGGUGCUUUAAACCAAAAUCUCUGGACAUCCUGAGAUUGUGUGAAUCUAGUGGGGUAUCUCUUCUUGCCUGCAGUGUACCCUUUUCCUCUCCCAUCUUAAUCUUUAAAAAAAAAAAAAAAAAACAAGCCCAGGCCAAGGGUCAUUUUUACUUGAAACCAGUAGAGGUGGGGAGGAACACUAGAGCUGAGGAGUGAGCUGUGUGGUGAGGCGUCCUGCUCCUGAUGUCUGUCUCAGUCCAUGAAGACUGUGAGCCAGUGCCUUUCCUUCACCUGGAGAUGGAACCCAUCUCUUCUCACCUGGGUGAGGAGACCCUCUGCUACCCAGGGGUAAACUGACACCCACAUGUUCGGGUGUCCACUUUAAGCAUCUUUAAAAUAUUUUAUAUAUUAAAAUGAAAUGCCCUUCCCUGUCUUUGUGCCACCAGUGGCCCGGUUCUAUCCAUUCUGAGUGGAAAAGUGGAGACUGCCAGCACUCUCCUUGGUCUUCCCUCCGUCUCCCUCAAUGUGGGUGUCCCCUUUCCCCUCUGUCCGUCUCACUGGCGUGGAUGGAGAGCAGAGGGCACCGUGCAGUCCUGAGGCAGCCCUGUGUGACUCCAUGGUCAGGUUUUCGUUUCUGAUUUUCUUAACUGUCCUUACAAACCAGCAAGUGUUUGGAAAUUACGGGAAAAAUUAAAUUUUCACCAACGGUUGCUGUUACAGUUGAAUCAAUAAAGAUCUUGAGUAUCAA